CCUCCAACUCUCACCUCUCCCAUUGACACACCAAUCCACUUCGCCUUAACAUGUCUGAUCAGGUGCAAGAACUCCUCAACGUCCCUCGGGAGUUUCUCCGGGAUGGCAUGCAGUUUGUCAACCGCAGCCAGAAGCCCGAUAAGCGCGAGUUCAUCAAGAUUAGCCAGGCGGUUGGUACUGGGUUCUUGAUUAUGGGGUUCAUUGGAUAUAUUGUGAAGCUGAUCCACAUCCCCGUCAACAACGUCCUCGUCGGUGGCGCGUAAACAAUUGAUCGAUAUCGGUGUCAAAGCAACGAAUGGGCCAUUGAUCAACUGCGAUGCAAGAAUAAACCGCGAUGCUGGCAUGCACGCGGUCACGCGUGUAACAUUAUACCGCCGUGGGAGCUGGAUCGGCUCUUGAGACCAGUGGUAACUGGCAUAUGUGCAUAAUUAGUCUGGGUAGGCGUUCGGUGUGUAUAGGAAUACCAUUGCUUGAUUCCAUGCUGCUUGUGAUGGUGCGUAGCAGUCAUUGAUUGAGCACAAACAUGAGAAUACCCGGCUAGCCUUGUCUGCAUUAUACCUGUGUUAGCAUCGAGCCAUGCCAACAUUCACGUAGUCUAUAUAUCAUCAAUUACGG